CGCGGAGCAGAGGCCGCCGCGGGUGCGCGGGAGGCGGGAGGCGGGAGGCGGGAGGCGCCGGCCCGCGCCGCAGCCGCGCGCGCUGCAGGUGAACUUGGCCGCGGCGGUGGCCGAUCCCGCGGUCGCCGUCCCCUCCGCUCCGGGGGCCGCAGCUCGCCCAUGGCCGAGGGCCGGCGGCGGGAGGACGAGGAGGAAGAGCUGCGCGAGCGCCGCGAGCUCGGGGGCCCGCGCCGCGCCCGGGGCCGGGCCAUCUCGGGUCACCCGGCCGCAGAUCGCAACGAACGCAACAAACCAGAGCCUCGUUCUUCCAGCCAAGGACCCUUGUCAUCCAUCAGAGCAGUAAUCAAGAGAUCUUCUCGGACUUCUAUUCAGAGUGAACUUCACCGAGAUAGGAGGCGUCCAGAGAUCACCAUCGUGGCAGCGGAGCCCCUGAGGCCAGCCUCGUGGUUCCCAGGCGCCCCUGCCCCAGGACUGGGCUUUCCCCCGACUCCUGCCUCGGGCCCUUGGAGGCCCAAUGAGCUGGUUCCCGCCGAGCUCCCGCCGUCUUAUGAACAAGUCAUAAAAGAAAUCAACCAAGUUCAAGUUAACACCACAAAUAAUACCAACGCCACUGCCACUUCAAGGAGCACAAUUACUUCUGCAACUCAGACUGACUUCCCAGAACAACUAGACAACACUCUGCCUCAAAGUCUGCCAGCGCCUCUCAAGCCUCUGCAGCCUUCCCCAGUGGCCUCACCCCGUGAUGUGUCAUCAAAUGUGGGACCUUUAAUAGUCUUCGACAUUCCUGAAGAACAGAAUUGUCCCGAAAACCCCAGUGCGACAAAAUGUCCAGUGCCAAGACCAAGAUCCAAGAGCAACCUCCGGCCAGUCGCUAGAGAUACCAACACUAAAGACAGAAGUCACCAGAAAGUCAGUCCAGCUGUCCCAGAAGAGCCGGCCACCCCGGGCUGGCCACAGUGUCUGUUGGACAGUGCCAGCGACACAGCUUGUCCUGUGAACACUAUGAAUGCAGAACAAAGCCAAAAUAAGAUUGGUCCAAGGAUCAAAGCCUUCGAGGGUCAGACAAGUCCAGAAACCCCAGGUCUGCUGAAGAAACCAGAAGUCACCCCACGCACUGUCCCCCCAAAACCUGCCAUUCCCUGUGUGAAGCCCUCUGUGGCUCCCAAACCAGCUGCCCACAGAGUUUCUGGAGACUGGGACAGCUGGGCUGAAAACAGACUCAAGGUGACCUCCAGGGAAGGGCUCGCCCCACACUCUGCACCCCAAGAAACAGGAAGCACCCCAGGAGCUAAACCUGAAUUGCCAAAGAAGCCAAUUCCUGGCCUUACCCGAGGUGUCAAUCAUGAGAUUUCAGGCGGGGGUCCUGGGUUUGAGAACCCCGAGGUUGGGAAGAAAGUCCCAAUUCCCGCCCCAAGGCCCCUGCUGCCCAAAAAAUCAGUGUCCUCGGAACCCCCUGCCCACCCCUCGGCUCCUCCAAAACCAGGCCCUGUCCCUCCCCGACUCUCAGUGGCAUCCCAAGCCAAAGCGUUCAGGUCACUGGGAGAAGGACCCCCAGCCAGGCCCCCGGGGGACUUCGACCUCAUCAGCUUCGAUGACGAGGUUCUGCCCACCGCCGUGGGGACCCCGGCUGAAGAAUCCACUGGUUCAGAGAUGGUUUUAGAUCCCUUUCAGCUCCCCACAAAAACAGAAUCCACAAAAGAAAAAGCAGUUCAGCCAGCAGCCACCAGGAAGCCCACUGUCAUCCGAAUCCCAGCCAAACCAGGAAAAUGUUUACAUGAAGAACCACAAACCCCACCUCCUCUCCCUGCUGAAAAACCUAUUGGAAACACUUACGGAAUAGUGUCUGGAAAGCCAAGUAAUACUGACAGAGCAAGAAGCCUGGCGUCUGACCCCACUGGUGAAUCAGGAGGUUUUGUGCGAGGACCCCCCAGGUUGCCACCAAGACCUGUAAAUGGAAAAGCCAUCCCAACUCGACGGCCUCCUCCCAAAGGGGCCCCUGAGAGACCACCUCCACCCAAACUUCCUGCCACCAAAUCAUCAAAUAAAAAGCUGCCUUUUAAUCGGUCCUCCUCUGACAUGGAUCUUCAGAGAAAACAAAGUCACUUGAUGUCUGGACUCUCCAAAGCCAAGAGUCAAGUCUUUAAACAUCAAGAUCCGGUGCUGCCCCCUCGCCCCAAGCCGGGACACCCUCUCUACAGGAAGUACAUGCUGUCUGUGCCUCAUGGAAUCACCAAUGAAGACAUUGUCUCACAAAACCCCAGAGAACUCUCCUGUAAGGAUUCCGGCCGCCCUCAGGAGCCUGUUGACAGAAGUGCUUCUCAUGCCGUCGUUCUUCAUGAUUUCCCAGCAGAGCAAGCUGAUGAUUUGAACCUCACAUCUGGAGAAAUUGUUUAUCUUCUCGAGAAAAUAGAUUCAGAGUGGUACAGGGGAAAAUGCAGAAACCAGACUGGCAUGUUUCCUGCCAACUUUGUCAAAAUCAUUGUUGAUAUUCCAGAAGGAGGAAAUGGAAGACAAGAACCCGAUUCAUCUCACUGUGUUAAAGGCCCAAGAUGCGUGGCUAGGUUUGACUAUAUUGGAGACCAGGAGGAUGAGUUAAGUUUCUCAGAGGGAGAUGUAAUUCUUCUUAAGGAGUACGUGAAUGAGGCCUGGGCUAGAGGAGAACUUGGAGGCAGAGCUGGGAUCUUCCCCCUUAACUUCGUGCAGCUCGUUCAGGAGCCUCCUGCCCCUGGUGUCAGCGUUUUAAGCACAAAGUUACCACCAAAGACCAAAACAGAAGAUUCUGGCUCAAAUCCUCAGGAUGGCAGUCUUUCUGGGGAAUGGUGCAAAGCCCUUCACAGUUUUACAGCGGAGACCAGCGAUGACUUGUCCUUCAAGCGGGGAGAACGGAUCCUGAUCCUGGAGCGUCUGGACUCCAACUGGUGCCGGGGUCGAUUGCAUGACAGGGAGGGGAUCUUCCCAGCUGUUUUUGUGCAGCCCUGCCCAGCUGAGGCAAAAAGUGUGCCUUCCACAGCACUGAAGGGGAGGACAGCCAAAGCCUUGUAUGACUUCCACGGGGAGAAUGAAGAUGAACUCUCCUUCAAGGCUGGAGAUAUAAUAACAGAGCUGCAAUCUGUCGAUGAGGACUGGAUGAAUGGAGAAGUAAUGGGAAAAUCUGGAAUAUUUCCCAAAAACUACGUUCAGUUUCUCCAAGUUGGCUAAAGGUGAAGCUUGACUAUUCAUUGGCACGAGAACUCACUUGAACUCUCACUUUGACUAUCAGAUAUGUUUUGCACUAUUUUUUAACAGAAAGAGAACUUCUAAGGUGUACAUGAAAUUUCUGAAAGCAGAAAACAUCUAGAUUUUGUAGGUAGCUUCCAUUCACAGUAGAAAUGUGCACAUGGACACCCAUGAGCCAGGAAUCUAGAAAGUAAACCAUGUAGUGUGCUUAGUGAGGCGGAUCCACACCUCCCCGGGGACAGCCUCUGGUGACCUGGCAACAUGGGGAGGUUACAUACAAAAGUUGCACUUGGACAUCUGUUUUAAUCAGCACAAGUGAAUUAACCAUGCUUCUUCAUUUUUUACUUUAGUUUAAAAAGAGGACGUUUGACAUUCCACAUGCUGUAACUAUCAGGACAUGGUUAGUAAUCAAAAUUCCAUUUUUGAUAUUCAAAUUAACUCUAACGUUGAGCACAUUAGCCUCAGUACCAGGGUAAAUCCUUGCUUCAGAAGGGACGUUUAUUAACUA